AUGUCUGGCCCUCUGACUGCGGCGUACGGCCCUGAAACCAAGACAUUAUAUUCAGACUCUGGCAUAAACCGUCUAGGAUUUUUACGCACGGAAACUGAGUUUCUCCAGGCUGCUUUACACCAUCCCACGGCCCGCUUUUUAGCCCUCAAUGGCGGCCUUCCUCUAGUCGCCGACACCUCGGAUUCUCGCCAAGAGCUGCAUUUUGUUGAGUACGCAUCUAUUGGAGAGCUAAUUGGCGAGCCAUAUAAAUCAUUCGAGGAGCUUGCGAAGGAUCUUGAAGAAGGAAAGGGUACUAAUUAUACGACGGUGCAAGUUGUGUUUUUGGGACUCGACGAGACUAAACCUGGUUUCGCAUACAGGGGGUUCAAUGGCGCCCCUUUGUUCGCAGUAGACACUACUGUUAGAAGCUAUACUUCCAAGCCUUUGGCGGCUAAACUCGAGAAAUUCAACGAAUCCGUCGCUACCGAUACCGUCUCGUUCCGGGGUGUGAUGUUUGGAGUUCGUUUACCAAGACCUUCAUACGGGCUUUUCGCAGAGGCCGCUAUGAUCAUCGACUGGAAUGCUCGGAACAGAUUUUGCGGAAGUUGUGGCAAGCCAACGUUGAGCAGAGAAGCCGGCUUCAAACGACAAUGCAGCCCGACAACCGACAACUCAUGUGAUACAUACCAACGGUUAUCCAAUCUUUGUUUCCCUCGAACUGACAGCUCUAUUAUUGUCGCAGUGAUGAGCUAUGAUGGUGAAAGGGUUCUGAUUGGCCGCAGCAAGCGCUUCCCGAAAAAGAUGUACAGUUGCCUUGCUGGUUUCCUGGAACCAGGAGAGAGCCUGGAAGACUGCGUUCGUCGUGAGGUGUUCGAAGAGUCUGGUGUCAAAGUUGGACGUGUUUUCUUGCAUUCGUCUCAGCCCUGGCCCUAUCCCGCCAAUAUUAUGAUCGGGUGUCUUGCCGAGGUUUGCGACAGCAGUCCUGAAAGCCAUGAGAUCAACCUCGGCCAUGAUCCGGAGCUAGAAGACGCGAAAUGGGUUCCGAUCAAGGAAUUGAGAGCAGUAGUCCAUGGCAAAAACGAUGACGCUGACUUUUUCAUACCUCCUAGCUCUGCUAUUGCGUGGACCUUAUUGGAUGCAGCCACUAAACGGCUUGAGAAACUUUAG